AUGUCGAGCCAGCCCUUCACCUUCCCUCCUCCGCCUCCGCCUCCCAAGCGAACCGAAGGCGCGUCCCAGCCAACCCAAGCCUUUCAGAACAGCAGGGGGUCGUUUAGAGGGGCUCAUUCUUACAGAGGAAAUACAAGAGGCGGUCGUGGAGGACAUGGAAGUUAUCGUCCGGGACCCACUACCUCAUCCGCGGUGUACGGCCAGAGUGUGUCCCAUAAACCCUUAAACAACGGUCCACAACGGGGUGGUUUUCUCAACCCGCCACAGAAGCGGGAUCACAACACUGCAUUCCACCCGGGCCACCAACAUCGUCCGCGUCCUACAGCUGCGCCCGCGGUACCUAGCUUCAAUGCCACAAUCGAACACCUUCUGGCCCGCAGGCCGUCUAGUGAACAAACUAGCCAGAACUCACCGGAACCAAAGAAAGUAGAGCCCAAGAAACACAACCUCCUUGGAUUGACUCCCGCAAAAUUUGACCAAGAUUCGGAUCCAGAAGACGACGAAGAUGAAGAACAGCGCCUGGCGAACAAGACGACGCCAGGCGUGGGUAGUUAUAUGUUCGAAUAUAACGGCCAUCCUCUCGCUCUCCGGACUCGAGAGGAGAUAUUAAGUUGGCUUGCAGAAAGAAAACGGCGAUUCCCUACACAAGCGAGGAUAGAGGCGGCAAAGAAGGAGGCCGAAGAGAAGAAGAGAAAAUGGGAGGAAGAGCAGAAGGCGAAACGGGAGGCCAGAAAAGAGGCUCUAGCCAAAAGAGACCAAGAAAGAGCUGAAAAACAAAAGGCAAUUAGAAAAGCGAAACAAGCACGCGAGCAGGAGCGGAGGCUUGACAGGGACGACAAGACCGAAAAUAUGGAUGCUACCGCUCGAGCAAAAUUAAAGGCCGAUAAGCUACGAAAAAGAGCUCUGAAGGCGCAGCAGGAACUAGAGAAGGCGGAGGAAGCAUUGCGGCUUGCUGAGACGAAAGAGAAUACUUCGGUAUCUCUGAGCGGCGCCACGGGACCCAGUCCAUCUCCUACCACAGAAGCCGCCGACGUCUCGUCCAACUCGGAUCUCACAGACUCAGAAGCGACCUCGUCCUCUGGCUCAUCCAUAACUUCUGGCUCAGACUCCGGCACAGAUUCGGAUGCUAGCUCGGAUUCCGAUUCUAGCCCAGAAAUCACGAGCAGUAAACAGGUGUCUCGUGCUCAUCCCUCUCUUCGACCAGGGCCGCGAACGGCAAGAGGGCGAAUGCCUCAGCCCUGCAAACACUUUGUUAAGUACAAAACUUGCAAAUGGGGUUCAAGCUGCCGCUAUUCGCAUGAUUUGCCUCGAAAGAACGGGAGAAGCGAUACAGGAGCACGCAUGAGCCAGGGCGAGAAUUUGACAACUACCACUGCUGGCAACGUGCGGAGAAAAGGACUGUGGCAAGUCAUGGUCGAGAAGGAAAGAGAAGAGAGUAGGAAACGCCUGCUAGCUGCCAUCAUUACGCUGGGCGAGAGAGGACUGCUAGAAAAUCCAUUACAGAAGGCGGAUGAUACUGGAUAA